CCAAUAUUUUCAAAUCGUCUGGCGCCUUCAUUGAGCGAGCUGUAACAGAACGGGCGCUUUCUAAUUUUGAUGGCAUCGAAAAUUCCUAGAUGCGGACAGAGUAAGUGUGUGCGACCUCCUGGCAGUGCUGCAGAAAUGAAGAGGGCGGCCAAUAAAUACGUUUUCAAAGAGACUGCUGUACCGUCAGACUUCAAUUUCUUUCCAAAAACGGCUAUUUCCAAGCCUCUCAGUGAGAAUGUACCAAGAAAGAAUGUUGUAGCCAAAGUGCAUAAAGGGCCUUCCACCAGAUAUGGGCAGCAGUCAGAACUCAAGAGCCAUAAUCAACUUUUACUGGAAGCAAAUGAAGAACUGCAGAAAAACCUUACAGAAACACAGCACAAAGUUGCCCAGCUGGAACAACGAUGCAGUGACCUCCAAGGAACCAAUGCUGACGUCCAGAAACAACUGAAGGACUGUCAUGUGCUACUAGUUGCUAGAAAUAUUGAUCCAGUUUUGGGAGAGACAAUUGGAAAAACUGCACAGCAAAAUGAGGAUCAACAAAGAGAGGUGGUGAACGUAUCCCAAGAUCUGUUACGUGAACUGCAGACAUUUGGUGACAUGGCAACAGAACAAAGUGCACAACUAACAGAAGUUCAAAAGACCAUGAAGGCUCUCACCGAUUCUCGGGAGCAUCUGGUGCAGGAGAGGGAGAAUUUCUCCUUGGAAGUUGAAGAAAUGGAUAAGGCUCUUGAGGAAGCAGAGCAGCUCUUGUUGGAGUAGAUAUUGUGUGUGUGUGUCUUUGAUUUUAGUGUAAAUGUAAGUAAAUAUUUUGUAUCUUUCAACUAAUUUUGAUCAUUACUACCUGCAAAAGUUGUUUUCACUUAGUCAUAUUUUAUUCAUCUAGAAGACUGCACAAUUUAAUAGUGAUUGAACUGUCGGUGUUUUGCUUGACACAAAUUCAUUGAUUUCUUUCUUGUAUAUUAAACUUUUCAAUUUAUCCCAUGGUAA